AUUUGUGUCAAUUAUAGGCGAGGUGGAUCACAUCGUGGAGACUCAUAACUAGAAAUUAAUACGUUUCAAGUAGUGAAGAGUAAAUGUGUUUGAUUGAUUGAGCCUCUCCCCUCUCUAUCUCAAGUGCUAUAAAUUAAGAAACCCUCUUUUGCUAACAAAAUCACAAAGAGAGAUCAGCAAUGAGGAGCUUGAAGUUGAGAACAGUUUUUGUUGCUGCAAUAGUCGUUUGUCUCUCUAUCCUCUUCCUAUCUCCCACUGAAGUGGAGGGAAGCUGUGACUUCCCAUUUGGUGCGUGUACCCCUUUCCGUGAUUGCAAGGAGAGUUGCAUCAAGUUCAAAACGAGGGCUGGACAGACUUUUUUUGAUGGCAAGUGCCGUCCGAGGGAUAGACCAAGUGUGUGGACGGCUUGCUUCUGCUGCUAUUAUGAUAGUAUCGGUGCUCAAUAAGAAAGCAUGCGAUUCCAAAAGAUAGAAGCGACAUCACUCUCUUGUACUUUGCUUUUGUUUCGCGUUGAUUAAGUUUCGAAUAAAGGUUGGUUUUUUUUGUGA